AUGGGCAACACCUCUUCGAAGGGCAAGCCUAGCGCACCGAGAACAACCGCUCCAAGGGCAGCCGCUCCUAGCAUUUCCCUCGAAUACUUUAAUAGAGCAGAAAUCUUCUCCAACACCCCUCCGCCUCGAUCUUUCCACACGCCUUCCGUAGUCCUCCCGCGCCCCAUCCCUCAGCAACCCACGUUCACGCGCGAUGCGAGGCCCCUACAUCGCCGCCCUGAAGGCUACCCGAGAGCAAUCUACGUCACAGCCACCUCGCACGCAUCUCCCACGAUCCCCACAAAGCCGACGCCGCUCACCCCGCCCGUCCAACCCCCAUCCCCAGCGCCAACAGCCGGACCCUCCACGCCAUCCACCUGGUCCCCCAACCCCAACUCAGCCCCCAGCUCAGCAAUCACACCCCCGGCGCCCCGCAGAGAUCUCGUACGUUACUCCUCCUGCCUCGACCCUAACGAUCUCAUAGUCGCGGAUACGAUCUUCGAGUCCCCCUCCGGCCACCUGCUGGGCCCGGACGCGUUCUUCGCGCGCGAGGAUCGGCCCAUGAGUAUUCGCGAGCGCCAGCAGGCGAUUAUCGCGAACACGAUGCUGAAGACGAGGGCGCUGCCGGAGUUUCGUGAUGGGACAGAGACAGAGAGAGAGACACGACGGAGAGAGAUGACGGGGACCGGGACCGGGAUCGGGAAACGCAAGGGGAGGGGAUGUUGGGGGUGUUGGGGCGUUGGGAGGGGGCGAGGGACGUGA